AUGGAUUUUCGAUUACAAACAUUACAGUUUUUUAAAAAUAUUUCCACACAAACCAAAGAAACUCAACCGGCUCAACCUUCCGUUUUCCAAUGUAAUCAAACUCCGUCAAAUGUACAUCAAAGCACUCCUGCACCCUUAUCAUAUCCAUUUCAAAAUCAAUCAUUUUCAUACUUACCAUAUAAUUUUGGUUUCCCCGAUAAUCAACCUGUUGUCCCUCCAACUUCUCUAUCACCGUACGAAACUACUCUCAAUCCACCGAAUUCCCAAAUUAAUAAUCCAUAUACAUCAUCUUCCUAUACUUCCUCUUCCUAUCCAAUGACUUCUGAGCAAUCCGAACGCAUUCAAAAUAAAGCACAAUAUAAAUAA